AUGGCACGCUUCUUUCCCCUCAUCGCUGCCACUUUAGCCCUCUUCUCCUCCCUCGUGUUGGCAUCCCCUGCUACGGAGCUGUAUGCUCUCGGACAGCACACCAAUGGCCAGUACGCCGUCAUCGACCUGAACGACGACUUCGAGACAAAGUCGACCUCCGCAGACAGCCACGUCCUCGACAAGCGCGUGAACGUCAGGUGGUGCAUCGAAAGUGCGGCCCGGCGUGCAUUGGCGCGUCUGUCAACGAUCGCCACCAGCAUUGCAGACUACUUGCGCGAGGUCGACGACAACGUUUGCGGUGUGCACUGCAUCCGCCUCGAUCAUGCCGGCAACUGGAAUGGCUAUGUCACUCUCGGUCCGGCCCAUCAGGAUCUCGAUCACCUCUAUUGCGGACCGAAGUAUCCUUUUGGCAAGUGUGGUGGUCGCCAGAAGUAG